AAACAUAAUCCGGGCGGUUCGGGGAGCGAUGUCUACCACGUACCCGCCCAUUUCGCAUCGAAUUUGAUUACUUCGGUAUUAUAUUUCCGUUCUUUCUACAAGUCAAAAGGGAAAAUUGUGGAUUAGUUGACUCUUCAAGGUCACUGAAUCUCGGGGGAAAUCAGAUCUUCGAUAAUUAAGCGGGCAUUUCUGCUGAAGAUUCGUUGGGCGAGUCGAUUUUCUUGCCAGGCUCGAUGGGGGAUGGGGCUGCGCCUUCGCGGUAUGUGAAAUUGAAGAAAGAUCAAGCGCCUUUAGAAGAUAUCAAGCCGGGGGAGCUCAACCAGCCCAUUGAAGUUCCUCAGUUAGAUGUAAGAAAAUGCAACGAGUGUGGACAGGUGCUACCCGAAAGCUUCGAGCCUCCAGCGGAUGAACCUUGGACAACUGGGAUUUUUGGCUGCACUGAAGAUCCACAAAGUUGUUGGACUGGACUGUUCUGUCCAUGUGUUUUGUUUGGGCGCAAUGUCGAAAGCUUGAGAGACGACGAUAUGGACUGGAGAAAGCCAUGUGUUUGUCAUGCUAUACUUGUUGAAGGUGGCAUUGCCUUGGCGACAGCAACUGCAGCAUUCCAUUGCAUUGAUCCAAACAUGUCUUUCCUCAUUUGUGAGGGAUUGUUGUUUACCUGGUGGAUGUGUGGCAUAUACACUGGACUCGUCCGCCAAUCUUUGCAGAAGAAGUAUCAUCUUAAGAACUCCCCAUGUGAUCCUUGCAUGACACAUUGCUGCCUGCACUGGUGCGCGCUUUGUCAAGAACACAGGGAGAUGAAGGGACGCCUAGCCGAUAACUUUGUGGUGCCAAUGACGAUCGUGAACCCGCCAGCCGUUCAAGAAAUGAAGUCGGAAAAUGAUCGUGAACCCGUCACUUCAUCUUCAAGCAUGGGGAAUGGGCAGACCAGUUUGGAAAUGCAGGCUUUGUAGAUCCCCUCAUCGAUACAUUAGAUUGUUUCAGCGAGCUUCUCUGAGACUCAGACCACCCAAGAGUGUAAUGAACUCGCUGAGUCCUUUCAAUUUGUAUCUUAAAUUUUCUCCAGAUAUUAUAUAAUUAAAAAUAUGAAA